AUGGCUGUCUUCCGCAGAUUUUCCUCAAAGCCAUGGGUCUCUAGCCGUCCUCCGAAAUCUACCACUGCUGCCAGUGCAGACUUUCCUGGCCUUCUCAGUACGAAUCGAACGCAAACCGGACGUGGCGAGGGCCCGUGCCCCGUAGCAACCGUUGAAGAGUCUAACGCGGUCAACACAGACAAUGCGGCGGACGCGGAGAGCGCGGGAAACGCGGAACACCUGAGAAACGCAGCCGCUGAAAUCAUUCGCGGCCACGGCGGCAUUGGCAAAUGA